UUACUCGUUUUCCCCCUUCUGACAUUUAAGUUCAGUCUGUCCCUUGUCCCGUGUUGGUUCGUCAUUUUUAGCAUGGUGAGAGUUCUGAGUUCUGUCUGGGCAAACUAGGAAAAUGAACCUCCUUCCUUCACUCCUUAUCUUCAGCUUUAGUUUGCCUGUCUUUUCCUUGCUUGUGUCCGUUCCUGACCGCAACCUGAUCCAGUUCCGGGAGAUGAUCAAGUGCACUCUGCCAAACAGCAACCCUCUGCUGGACUUUAAUGACUACGGCUGCUUCUGUGGACUGGGAGGAGAAGGCACGCCUGUUGAUCAGCUGGACAGGUGCUGCGAAGUGCAUGAUGGAUGCUACGGUCUUGCUCAGAACCACAAUGCCUGUCGAUUUUUACUGGACAGUCCUUUCACAAACAUCUAUGACUUCACCUGCAAUAAGACCAGCAAGACAGUCACGUGCCUGUCCAGCAACGAUGAGUGUGACUUGUUCAUUUGCGAGUGUGACCGGGUGGCAGCGGAAUGUUUUUCCAGCUCUCCCUACAACGCAUCCAACCUCAACAGCAACCUGCCUAGCGGCACCUGCAGCGCAUCACCGGGAGCACCUGUCCCAUCUUCCUCCAUCUGUCCCAUGACUGCCCUCCUCUUCAUCUUACUCACAGUAUUAGAGAGGAGUUCUUAAUCUUGACCAUUUAAAACAUAGCAUGUAGCAGGUCUGUGAGGGGGCAAUAUGGACAUGGUAUAAACACCAUUACCUUCAGGAUCAUCAUGAUGAAUGUAAUGUGUUAAUAUGAAGGGUAAUAAAUAAUAAUGUAGUAGAUCCAGCAGUGGACCGUAUGAAUGUUGCCUUAUAUUCAAUGUUCAUAAUUUAAUUUUUGGUGUAAUUUUUUUUUCUCUCGUACUGUACAUCUCUGUUCACCCUUAAAACUUUCUGUUAAAGCUCCUGUGUUUUUAAGCCGAGUGUGCUCUGAUUGGUCAGCUAGGCAGUCAAUAAGGAUUGUGUUAUGAGAUUGCGUCAUGGUGUAACGCAAGGGCUGGAAUUUCACUGAGGCAUUUCAGUGAGCUGAGAAGUUGUUUCUGUGGGACAGUUACUCCCUCUGGGGUGUACUUUGGGCUUUGUAACAUUGCAGACCGUUUACAUGCACAAAAAGCAAUGUAACACCCUAAAGGAAAGGGGAAAAGCAUAACAGGAUGUGAAUGUUGUGUGCUCUCUUUCACUCUAUUGGAAUGAAUAGAGUUUUGUAUGUAGCCCUGUAUUUAUUAUUUCUAUGUAGGUUAUGUAUUUACUGUAAGUGGCUCUGGAUUUCUAGUAUGCUACUGCUAAUAUUUAAAGCAUUCACAGUAUUAUUGAAAGCACUAGGCACCCAAAUGAAAAGUGGUGGUCAAUGUGGUAGAUGACAGUUUGAUAAUGCAAUGAGUAUUUAUACAAUAAAUUGUUGAAGCCUACAAUAUGCAUUCAAGCUAUUAUGUAGUACAUGGCUAUGAAAUUAUACUUUCCAACAGGGGAAGUCUGUAUUUACAAUGUUAUCUUGGUUAUGCUGUUACACUUUAUGCCUGCUCUUAUCACCUUAUGCUUCUGCAACCUUUGAAAUGAACCCACUCUUCAGUUGUUGUGAUUGAGAAGCUAGACCCACUGUCUGGCAUAAGUCUGAGGAUCUCCCAUUGUUUCAUACAAAAAGCCAGUUUAAUAAACACACAGCCUGUGGUAUUGCACCACAUAGCAAUAUAAUUAUAUUUGUGUCCUCAUAUUUCCUCCGAUUGUGUGUAUGUACCUUCCUUAUAUAUAUAUAUACAUAUAACCGCAGAGGGAAUAAGUGAUGUAUUUAUCAAUUUAAAGGAACUUGUUCUUUGCCUUGCGUGCCGAUGACGGAAAAAAAAUGGACCUCAACACAUGCGUGCGGUAAGCUUUGCUAUGAGGAAGCAGCCAAAGGACUCACACACACACACACUAAAUCCACACAGAACCUGACAAACGGUUUUCAGGUUUCACUAAAAUGCUGAGCAUCUUCUGAUUUUGCACAUAUGCACAUGUAGGCUGCAUCUGUUGACAUCCAUGGGCUCACAACACACCAAAUUAGUUGUAGACCUGCAUUGAGAGGAAACGAUAGCAUUCGUUUUCAAUUUUGUGCACAAUUUUUUACAUUUAUUCUAAAAACACAGUACUUCACUUGAACUCUGGAGCUUUUAGCAGGUAGGGCUGUUUACAUUUUGAAAUGCUGUUCUGGUAAGAUUUUGAAAUUGUAGUGUUUGUUUCAUGUUGGUUUUUUUUGGUAGAGGAAACCAGUGUUCAUAUAAUAGAUGUUUAUUUCAGGGGAGGUUAUUCAGUAUCUAUUAAUUUAAUGAUAAGGUUCACAUCUUUAGUUUGGCAAUAUAAUCGUAUUCAUUCAUUCGUUUGUUUUAAGAAGGUUUUAUAGACUUUCACCUUAAUAUAAUAUUCUCAUAUUCUCUUCAGCUGAAAGAAAAUUACAACUAUUACUAUGUUCUCAGAAAUUCUGUCUGGGUAUCUGAUCACUAAAGUAACUUUACUGUUUGAUCUUCCCAGACAGUAACAUGAAACACCCUUUCUCCACUUUCUUUCUGAUCCUUUUACUGCCAGUGUGUAAGUCUCUAUUUUGUUGAUCCAUUACACUUAGUUAACACACACACAAGCAUACAACAUCCACAUGCACUUAGUUAACAUACACACACAAGCAUACAACAUCAACAUGCGUUAUUGCUGUAAGAUCAUCAUCGCUUUUAGCACGUUGGUUAACCAAGAUGAGAAAAAUGGCACUGCAAUGUUUGAUUUUUCACAUGUGGUAGGAAGGGUUUCUUUCCCUCCUUUCAGUGGCGG